UGCUUCGUUCUAACAACGACACGUUCGUUUCUUAUCAGAAUAUACGGUACACAUUUGAAACCAACACACGUCGCUUCUAACGCGUAUUACUAAAUGCGGAUUAUCGUGACUUACGAUUUCACGCGGCGUCUUUUCGUCUGCAGAGUGCAAACCUUUCGUCUCUAAUGGAAAGAGAAGAAACGAAAAUAGUUGGGGGCGUCAGAACAGACGUGAAUUUCAUGUAAAACACCUGCUGUUUUUACAAUUGUCCGGACAUCAGUAUAUAACCGCGAAUGCUGUCCGGAAUUGGCAUCAAUCAGCGAAGCUGCGUCAAACAUGAAGAUUCCAGCAAUACUGGUUACGUCUCUGCUGGUCUGGGGUGGUCUGGCCGAGGGCCACGUGGUGAAGCGCGACAAGGAGCUCAAGGCCCCGGCUUUACCGGAACUACUCGGUGAUGGGUCUGACACGCUCGGUGCCUCGAUGGAGAACGGGAUCAAAGUCGCCAGAGCAUCGCAGAAUGUGGGUCUGAGAACAGAGUUGAAUGCAGCCGCGCGGGCUGCAGCCGCUGCUGCGACCAAGCAGGCCAAAGACACAGAGGCCGCGGAAGCUGGAGCGGCCGCUGCGAUUGCCAUCGCUAUCGCCAAGCGUGAAGAAGCUAUCAAAGCGAGCGAAUUAGCCAGCAAGUUGUUGACAGCCGCGGCUGGGUCCAGCGAAGCUGCCGUGUCAGCGACGGUGAGGGCGGCGCAAUUGACGGCCGCAGCUAGCGCAGCUGCCAAAGCUUCUGCAUCCGCCUCUGAGGCUUCUGCCGAAGCCCAGGUGAGGGCCAACGCCGAAGCAAACAUCGCCAAGAAAGCUUCGGCAGCUGAAGCAAAAGCCGCAGCCGAAGCCCAGGUUAAGGCGGAACUCGCCAAGAAAGCGGCUGCCGGUUUCUUAGCUAAGGCUAGACUAGCGGCCAGCGCCGAAUCCGAGGCCACUAAACUCGCAGCCGAAGCGGAAGUAGCACUGGCUAAGGCCAGAGUCGCCGUCGACCAGUCGCAGAGCGCACAGGCAACCGCUACCGCUCAAGCUGCCACAGCCGUUCAGUUGCAGUCUCAAGCAGCUAACGCGGAAGCCUCCGCUGUAGCACAGGCUGAAACUCUGCUGGUCACGGCGGAAGCCGUCUCUGCCGCGGAAGCCGAAGCCGCGACCAAAGCUACCAGUUGGGCGAAGAAUGUCAUCAACGAGAAAAAGUUACGUUUAGCGAAGAUCGAUUAAACGAGAGACAAGACAAUUGGUAGAUGGUUAAGCCAGAGCAAAGGUCAAGAAACGAAAGACACUGUCGAAUGGACAAACGCGACUAUCUUUGAUAAUUUGGUUAAACAUGAUGACUACUGGCGGAAUUAUAUGAAGGCAGAUAAUGAUUAGCACAACUGAGAUUCGUCCGUGUAUUGUUUUAGUGGAAAUAAAUUGUCGUAGCAACCCGAAAUCUUUGCGAAUGCUUUCUUCCUUCCCUGAUUACAAGUUCUCCUCCUAUAUUUUGAUUCUCUUUCAUUUGUUUUAUAUUACAAUGAAACGC